UUCAACAACAACAGCUAGUCAGACACCUCGGUAGCAUUCGAGCAAACAUAGCUACAACAUUCACGCUCUUUACACUGUUUUGGUGUAUAUUAGUCGCUGUGUAUUAAACACACUUCUGUCGUAUGUACUUGUUGGCCCAUUUAAUUAUAUGUUUACGUUGUUUGUCAGCUAGCUGGUUUGCUAAGUUAGCUUAGAAUUAGGCUAGUCGCUAAUGCUAGCUAGCUAACAUCUCCGACCAUGAGUUCACUAAGCUACUCUCCUGAUAAAGAAGAUGAGGUCUGCUGGACGGAGAAAGAAACUCUCGUGAAAGAGGAGGAGGAAGAGAGGGAUGUUACAAUACAAAAACAAGUAGAGGGUGAGGUUGUUACCGUGAAAGAAGAAGAGAAAGACGUUACAGUGAAAGAAGAGGAAGAUGCGUUCAGAGUGAAAGAGGAGGAAGACUUUACAGUGAAAUUGGAGGAAGACGCGUUCAGCGUGAAAGAGGAGGAAGAUGUUACAGUAAAAGAAGAGGAGGAAGAGAACGAGGAGGAUGCAGUUUUUGGAGUGAAAGAGGAGGAGGGGGAGAUGACUGUCACAUUGGAGGAAGAAGAUGAGGUUGGAGAUCUGUUUAACACCAGAGAGAGAUGUGACUAUCUUGGAUCCUUUGGGGAGCCUCAACAACAUCAUGAUGCUGAGGAGGCAGAGAAGAGUCUCUCCAGAUCAGAACACCUCAAGAAACACCAGCAGAGACCCAUAGGCAAGAAAUCUCAUUGCUGCUCUGACUGUGGGAAGAGAUUCACCUCAUCAGGCAUUAAAAUUCAUCAGAGAAUCCACACAGGAGAGAAAUCUUAUAGCUGUGGUCAAUGUGGGAAGAGUUUUGUUCAAUCUGGCCAGCUGAUUCAACACCAGAGAACACACACAGGAGAGAAACCUUAUAGCUGUGAUCAAUGUGGGAAGACAUUUACUACAUCUGGCUCUCUGACUCGACAUCAGAGAACACACACAGGAGAGAAACCUUAUAGCUGUGAUCAAUGUGGGAGGAGUUUCACUGCAUCUAGCAAUCUGACAUUACACCAGAGAACACACACAGGAGAGAAACCUUAUAGCUGUGAUCAAUGUGGGAAGAGAUUUGCAACAUCUGUCUCUCUUACUCUACACCAGAGAAGACACACAGGAGAGAAACCUUAUAGCUGUGGUCAAUGUGGGAAGAGUUUUGUUCAAUCUGGCCAGCUGACUCAACACCAGAGAACACACACAGGAGAGAAACCUUAUAGCUGUGGUCAAUGUGGGAAGAGUUUUGCUGCAUCUUUCAAUCUUACUCUACACCAGAGAACACACACAGGAGAGAAACCUUAUAGCUGUGGUCAAUGUGGGAAGAGUUUUGGUCAAUCUGGAGAGCUGACAGUGCACCAGAGAAAACACACAGGAGAGAAACCUUAUAUCUGUGGUCAAUGUGGGAAGAGUUUUGCUGCAUCUUGCAAUCUGACUCUACACCAGAGAACACACACAGGAGAUAAACCUUAUAGCUGUGGUCAAUGUGGGAAGAGUUUUGCUGCAUCUUGCAAUCUUACUGUACACCAGAGAACACACACAGGCGAGAAAUAUUAUAGCUGUGGUCAAUGUGGGAAGAGUUUUGGUCAAUCUGGAGAGCUGACAGUGCACCAGAGAAAACACACAGGAGAGAAAUCUUAUAUCUGUGGUCAAUGUGGGAAGAGUUUUGUUACAUCUAGCCGUCUUAUUGUACACCAGAGAACACACACAGGAGAGAAAUAUCAUAGCUGUGAUCAAUGUGACAAGAGAUACUCUGAUAAAAGAUCGCUGAUAAAACAUCAGAAAAUACAUACAUGAAGAAGUUGUUUCAUGAUAUCAAUUAAAUAAUGUCACAAUGUAGAAUGUUUUAACAUUGUAGUAGGAGUAUUGUAAUGAUGUCACAAUGUAGAACCCUAAAUGUUUGCCCCCUGUUCUAUUGAUUUCAACAUGAUAUGGAUAUUAGCCUCGGGGGGAAAAUCCAGGCUCUGAAAUGGAAGAGUACUAUUUAUGAGAUUUAACGAAAAGUGACGAACAAAGACACAGCUGUGUUACACUUACCAUGUUGGCAACCCACUUGAAUCAACAUGUAGCUAGCUGUUUUCUACAAAUUGUCCUCUAACCAGAUAUGUACACAUUAUUCCCAGAUUCCGUGUGGUUUUUGGUCGGUUAGUUUUAACAGGACGUGCAACCUCAUCUCCCUCCUCAAUGUGAUAUCGAUAAGAUGAUGACAAAUAAGUGUUGGGUUCCUUUGUUUAGCGAUCCCUAAAUUUAAAUGCAUCACUCUAAAAUGUAGCUGACUGUCUUCUGCAGGUUGUCCUCUAACCAGUGAGGUAAAAGAUAUCUCCCAUUUCCAUGUCUUUUUGUUUAGUUGUGUUAGUUUCAACAGCACGUACAACCUGAUUUCCCCCCUAAUCAAUAUCAGUGAUUUAUUGCUACUUGUCAAAACAACAGCGUUUCUGGUGCUUGUGCAGUUUAUAAGGUGCUUGUUUAAGUAAUAUGAUUAUUGUGGCAGAUGUUCAUGUAUAUAGUACAUUUUACGUUUAGGUUUUCAAUUUAUCACAAACUGUUUCUGCAUUUGGACACGUUAAACAUUGACAUUGGGGAUAUCCCACCUUGCAUAAUGUAAUUGAAAUUAAGACUAUGCCAUAUAAGUUUGGUUUUAGUUGAAAGUUGAAAAGAAAACUAUUUAAUUUCAACGUACCUGCAGCUUUAUACACAUAAUAAAGUAUAAUAAAUCGGUCUAUAAUCAAUUUUAUUAACAAUCCUUAUAAAUUGAGUCAUAAAUAUAAAAUAUAUUUGUUGUCCUAAAGGGAAGGAGUUACAGUCUUUGGUUUUUCCAUUUAUGUUUUGAGGUUGGACUUUAGCAUGUAUAGCUCGUCAGCACGUAUGAUGAACUGAUUGGUGUCACCUCGUUAGUCAGUAUGUGUUACACCUGUGCUGUCUUGUCCAUCUCGUUAGUGGGAAGGUGUUUCACCUGAGCUGGUCCAGGUUCUAUUUAAGAGUGUCUGGCCCAGUGCUCCAGUUGUCUUGAUAGAUGUGGAGAGUCAACACCUUUAGUUGAUCCACCUUUUUGGUUUGCUUCCUGUCUUUAAGUUUGGUGUGGGUUUUUCUUUUGUUUGUCUCUUCUUGGUGGGUCUCAUGGUGGGUGUCUUUUAUGUCCCAGUUGUUGUUACUAGUCAACUUUCAAUAGACACCCCCAUAGUGUCUUUCAGAGCCCCUCCUAUAAAACAAGUUUAUAUUUUGGGUUGGAUAUUGCAUCAAAUUAUUAUUUUAAUCAAUGGCAUUUCCAUAGGCUGCUCAUUAGUCUUUCAGUUGUUAUUCUUCUGUUUUUUAUCCUCUUAUGUUUGUUGUGUACUAAAUAUGUUUAUUUUCAUUUUUUUAUGUUUUUACCUGUGAAGCCAUUGUGUUGCAUCCAUGUCUGAAAUGUGCUGUAUAAAUAAAGCUUGAUUUGACUUGAA